AUGCCUUCGUUUGAGGAGAUCAUCGACGCCGCGGUGCGUAAUGCCGACAUCCCAGGCGUCAUGCUCUAUGCCCGAGACAAGUCCGGCGACUUCCAAUACUCUCACAUUUUCGGCAACAAUUUGAAGACAAAUCAGCCGCUUGCCGCCGAUGACAUUCUCACCCUGGCCUCGGUCACGAAACUCCUCACAACCAUCGCCGCGCUACAACUCGCCGAGCGCGGCCUUCUCACCCUCGACGGAGACGUCUCAAAACACCUCCCGGCCCUAGCACAGAAGCCAGUCCUCACAGGCUUCGACGAUUCCGGCAAACCGAUCGAAGUCCCGCGGCGCAACCCCAUCACCCUCCGCCACCUGCUCACGCACAGCGCCGGGAACAGCUACGACUUCCUCGACGGGUCGACGCGGGAGUGGCAGGACUACCACGGGAUGAAGCCGACCCGCGGCGCGACCGUCGAGGAGCGCUUCCCGUAUCCUCUGAUCUACGAGCCGGGCGAGAGCUGGGCGUACAGCUCGAGCUCGGAUUGGUUAGGCAGGGUGAUUGAGGAGGUCUCCGGGAAGAGUUUGGAGGCGUAUAUGCGCGAGAAUGUCUGGAAUCCCAUCGGCGCCACGAGCUUCACGUUCGAUGUGGAGAAGGUGAGACCGAGGUUGUGGGGUAUGAAUACGCGCGAUAGGAAGACUGGGAAGAUCGUCCUGCACCGGGGAAGGGAGCUGAACGAUAAAGUCACGGGCUGUCUCGGAGGUCAGGGGGUCUACGGCUCAGCGCCCGAUGUCAUGAAGGUUCUUGAGUCGCUACUCCUCGACGAUGGGAAGCUACUCAGCCCGAGCACAACAGCCGAAAUGUUCAAGCCGCAAUUGUCCCAAAAAGCCAAGAAGAGCUUGCUCGAGGCCAUGGAGACACCGGAGUGGGCGGUGGGACAUUUCCCUGUCACUGGGGAGUAUGAUUGGGGUCUCGGGGGGCUAUUGGUUGACGGUGAGAAGCACCCGAACCGGCGGUAUGGUACGCUGAUGUGGAGCGGUGCGUCGAAUGUGUUCUGGUGGGUUGAUCGCCAAACCGGGCUGUGCGGUUUCUUCGCGACGCAGAUGCUGCCGGCUGCCGAGGAAGGGGUGAGGCCUUUCAUUAAGGCUUUUGAGGAUGAGAUCAAGGCCAUGGCGACUCCUCAGGAAGAGACGCGCUCUUCUCCGCCCGCGGCUCCGGCUGCUCCGGCCGAGCAGGAUGAGAACCCGGCGACGGGCAUUAUUGCGCCAGAUGACAGCGAGGUGGAUUCGGCAGUCAACGUCUCCAUUCGUGACUCGCUCACUUCCAUCCGCUCAUCGGUUCUCAAAUUUGAAGACGACAACGGCCGUCUUUACCAUUCUCAGUCUCGGGGAAAAUAUUACUUCCCUCAUGACAAUGUCGAACAAGAUAGACUAGACUUGCAGCAUGAGCUCUUCAUCAGAACGCUGCAAGGUCAACUAUGCACCUGUCCGAAAGUAGCUGGGGCCAAGAGAGUCCUUGAUCUCGGAACCGGCACCGGUAUAUGGGCGCUCGAGUAUGCCGAGUGCAACCCAGGAGCUGAGGUCAUUGGUGUCGAUAUCAGUCCAGUGCAACCUGACUUCAUGCCACCCAACUGCUCUUUCGAGAUCGACGACAUCGAAAAGCCAUGGACGUGGUCAAAGAAGUUCGAUUUCAUCUUCUCAAGAACUCUUAGCGGCAGUAUUCUCAAUCCCGUGCAGCUAGUUGACAGUAUCUACAACCAACUAGAGCCUGGCGGCUGGUUCGAGGCCCAGGACGUCUGCAUGGAAGCCCGCAGCGACGACAAUUCCAUCCCGAACGAAAGCUUCCUAUCGCAAUGGGCCGUCGAAGUCGUCGACGCAAUGGACAAAAUCGGGCGCACGCUCAGAUUGCCCACCAUGUGGAAGCAGCUGCUCAUCGACCGUGGCUUCACGGAUGUUCGCGAGACCAUUUACAAGUGGCCUACAAACACAUGGCCGCGCCACAGGGUGAUGAAAGAUAUCGGGGGCUGGGGACUGGCGAAUCUCGACACUUUCUUGGAGACGGCGGCUCUGGGAACCUUGACGAAUAUCAAGGGAUGGUCGAAGGAGGAGGUCACGGUCCUGUGUGCCAAGGCCAGAAAGGAGAUGAGGGAUCCGACUAUCCAUGUCUGGUGGCCAGUGUAUGUCGUCUCUGGUCGGAAGCCUGCCACUGCAUGA